AUGGAGAGUGCAAUUACUCUGUGGCAGUUUCUGUUGCAAUUACUUCUCGAUCAGAAACAUGAGCAUCUCAUCUGCUGGACAUCCAAUGAUGGAGAAUUCAAGCUGCUCAAAGCAGAGGAAGUGGCCAAGCUAUGGGGACUGCGGAAGAAUAAAACAAACAUGAACUAUGACAAGCUGAGUCGAGCCCUUCGCUAUUAUUAUGAUAAGAACAUUAUUAAAAAAGUUAUUGGACAGAAGUUUGUCUACAAGUUUGUGUCCUUUCCAGAAAUCUUAAAAAUGGAGACUCAUGCUGUGGAGGUGAGCCGGGAUAGCCUAUUGCUGCAGGACAGCGAUUGCAAGAUCCCGAAUGAACUGCAUGAGAGACACAAGCAAACUUUGUCCGCACUAAAGAGCGCUAGUCGCAACGAGUACAUCCACUCAGGCCUGUAUUCCUCCUUCACUAUAAACUCACUGCAACAUCAGGCAGAGUACAAAGUUAUCAAAACUGAGAACAUGCAAGAGGAGGAUGAGCCACAAGAAGAUGAAGAAGAUGAAGAGGAGGAGGAGGAACAGGUGGAAGUCAAGAGUCCAGUAGAGGAAGUCAGGACUGUUAUAAGAUUUGUUACUAACAAAACGGACAAAGAAAUAAUCCGACCUGUCAUUUCUCUGCCUUCUACAUCAGAAUCGGCAGCUGCAUCUGCUUUCCUAGCAUCAUCUUUGUCAGUUAAAGGAUCUUCCCAUAUAUCAUCCAAUACAACUAGUGUGUCCUCUUCUCCACACUCCUCGCGAUCCCCAUCCUUGUCCCCCAAUAUAUCCUUCUCCAAUGAGCAAAGGAGUGUAUUUUUAGAUUAUCCAGAUACCAACGAACCAUUAAAUCUCUCAGCAGGAUCCAAAACAAAGCUGUCCUACCAUCCUCCCAAAGGAAAGAAACCUAAAGGAUUGGAAAUCUGCUCUCCACCUCUUCUGCUCUCCAGUAGUGAUAUAGGCUCAAUUGCCCUAAACAGCCCAGCACUUCCCUCAGGAUCUCUAACACCAGCUUUCUUUACUGCUCAGACACCUAAUGGGUUACUGUUAACCCCAAGUCCUCUUCUUUCAAGCAUCCACUUCUGGAGCAGUCUUAGUCCUGUAGCUCCACUAAGUCCUGCCAGGCUGCAAGGACCUAACACUUUGUUCCAGUUUCCAAACCUGCUGAACAGUCACCUGCCGAUGCAGCUACCAGGGUUGGACAGAGCAUCAUCUCCAGUGCUGCUAUCAUCUAACUCACAAAAAUCCUGA